AAGAGAACAGCAAGAAGCAUUCAUUUUCUGCCGUCGCGUUAGUUUCGCACAGUCCGGAGAGUGUGAGAAGAAAAGUAGUUUCUGCCUCACCUGAAACAAAGAAAAGUGCGAAAUUUUGCGUUUUCCGAAUGCGGCGAUACGGAAUAGUGCGUUGUGUGCUGUUGCGAACAUAGAAUGAGUGCAUUCAUCUUCCGCUCGGGAUCGAAAUUGCCUUCCAGUUGAGAUGUAUAAAAAAUGAAUGAAGGCGAUACGGCGGGAGGGCAACGUGGUCGAAACCUGGCCCUUCCUGCUGGGAUUUAUCGAAAGACAUCAACCACUAGUAAUAUUGUCCAGUCAGUUACUGGCACACACGAUUCCCCUACACCAAUGUCUCGCUCGUUAAAUGAAGACCAACAACAGCAACUGGAACAGUCUCAACCACAACAGCAACAGCCGCACCACCACCAACAGCAGCAACAGCAGCAGCAGCAGCGGGAACAACAACAGCAGCAGGGUCAGCAAAUGCAGCCUGCCGGAACACCGACGUCGUCAUCGUCAUUGUCGUCACCUCACAAAGGUUUACCGCAGCAACAGUCGCCGACGUACCAGCCGUCUUCUAGUAACAACACCAGCAGCAGCAACGUAAAUAUCGCAGCAGUAACAGAUGCAUCUAGCGUUCAACAAUUGUCAUCGGCACCUUCUCAUACCCUCCAACAGCAGCAGCAGCAAAGCAUCAUUAGUGCUAGUAGCGGCACGGCAGCGAGUAGUGCCAGUGGCAGUGUUGAGGCCCAUAAUGCUAACAUUACCAGUGCGUCGCCGGGUGGUGAACGAACAGGAAGUGGUCUCUCGGAAAGUGAAGGAAGCGGAGGAAGAGGACGAGGAGGGGGAACCCUCGCCAGUGUUACGGGUGGGGUUGGUGUAGUGGUGUUGCCAAGUACACAGCAGCUCGAAAGUGAAAGUGGUGGCGGUGGUGGUGUGGGCGUGGGUUUAAGUGAAGCUCCCGGCGACGAAAGUACGUUUGUUGUAGCUGAGAAAAGAGCAGCCGAAGGUGGUACGGGUAGUGUGACGGAAGCCGGGGCAACAGCUAGUGAGGGAAGAGUGGUGGUUGGAACGAGUGGGGUAGGGAAAACGUAUACUAAAACAAACACUGCAUCAUCCUACUCGCCGGCGGUGGUUGCUGCAGCUGGUGGACAAACGGUGCUAUCCGUUGGUAGUGCUGCUGCUGCAGCGCCUACAGCUUCGACACUUGUCGGCUCGACCACGGUGUCGAAAAAGCGCAUCAAGCUAGAAACGGAACCGGAGCAUGAUAUCAGUGCGCUCAAGAAACUAAUUCUUGAACAAAAGUACAUGCGAUUACGAAGUAUCAAAGACAAGUACAAUGAACACGUAGCGGAAUUGUUUUUUCUUCAAACCGGAGGCAAUAUGAUGGAAUAUCCUGUAUGGAGAAAGAAGCCACCAACGCCCGCAUUCACAAACUUUGUACGCUCGUACAAGCUGGAACCGUUGUCCAGCAAUCUGGAAGAGGCCGGAGAAGCACUGAAACAGCAGUCAACCCGAUCGCUCAGCGGAAUUUCUACGACGCCCAGCAACAACACCAUUGGCAGUAGUAGUGGGACGCCAGUGAGUGGCAAUAAUGGCAAUAAUGGUGAUGAUACCUCAGCUGGUUUACCACAGGGAGCGGAAAUUAAAAUACCCGGUGUGGGAGCAACGCCCGUAGCCGUCUCGACCACUCUGCCAGCAGCUGUUGCACAGCUUAGUCAGCAAGGUGGCACGCCUAUUAUUCCGGACCGGAUUGGAAUUGGCAUCCCUGCGGCAACGUCCACUAUUGAGAGGAGAAAGCAGCACGCUGCGUCCAUUGCCGCCGCGCACAUGAUAGAGAGCGAGCUACUGCUUGAAGGUGGAAAUGCGUCACCGGGCAUUAGUUGUGGAACAAAUGGGCAGAACACCACUCGCGGAGGAAGUAGUGGCAUCCCACCCCUCAGUCGCACUAGCAGCACCACUACUGCAGCGGCAAGCAGUGCAGGAUCAUCCUCCAGAAGCAUAAGCAACCUUCAUCAAAAUGGACCUGGCCUUGGGAAUGGAACUACCACUCCUGGAGCGCUGGCGCUGGUGGCCGGUCAACAACUGCUUACCGGGGCAGCAUCGACCCCCUCCGGCAACAACAGCAAUGGUUCCGAUCAGUACACCAACAAGGCACGACAAGAGGUGUUCGUUAUGCAGCGCGUACAGGAACUGCAAAAGGAAGGUCUGUGGACGGAAAAACGGCUACCCAAAGUGCAGGAACCGGCCCGGCCGAAAGCUCACUGGGACUACUUGCUCGAGGAGAUGGUUUGGCUGUCGGCCGACUUCGCCCAGGAACGGAAAUGGAAAAAAGCGUGUGCACGCAAAUGUGCCCGCAUGGUACAGAAACACUUCCAGGACAAGGCGCUGGCGGCACAGCGAGCGGAAAAGGCGCAGGAACUGCAGCUCCGGCGCAUAGCCGCGUUUGUGGCGAAGGAAAUCAAAACGUUCUGGGCGAAUGCGGAAAAGCUUGUCGACUACAAGCAUCAGACGAAGCUGGACGAGAAGCGGAAGAAGGCGCUCGACCAGCAGCUCAGCUUCAUCGUCGACCAGACGGAAAAGUAUUCGCAACAGCUGGUCGAGGGUAUGAACAAGACGGCCGCCGGUGCUACGCUGGCCACCGCUGGUAGCAAGGCGGAAAGCUUAAACUCGUCCCGUAUUUCCUCUCCACUGCGCGGCUGCGGGCAGACCGCUUCGGACGAUGAGUUUUGUCCGGAGGCGGAAAGUUCCGGCGAUGACGAGGAAACGAUUGCGAAGGCGGAAGCCGAAGCUGCUGAAGCGGAGGAUCGUAUUAACGAUGAGGUGGCUGCGCUGCAGAAGGAGUCGGAAAUGGAUUUGGACGAUUUUCUGAAGCAUCUACCGAAGGAUUAUUUGGAAAAUCGAGACAAAAUUGUGCUGUCCGAUAGUGACGGUGAGGAUGGUAAGAGUGGCGUCGCUGCUGGAGAUGACGAAGAGGACGGGGACAAGGACUUUAGUGCCGACGAGGACAGCACCGACUGCGAGGAUACGAUACGGGAGCAGGAAAAGAGCGAGAGGAAUCAGGAUCACAAAAAGGAAAUCGAUGAACUGAAUGCUGACAAUGAGAUGAGCAUUGAGGAGUUAAUGGCAAAGUACAACAAGAACCUUCCUGCCGCGGGCGAAAAAAUGGAUGUCGAUUCGGAUGAUGAUGAGGACGUGGUGGCCACCAAACAAGACUCAUCCAGGGAACGCAAACGCAGAAGGACUAGAAGUCAGCCAAUGUCCUCCGAUUCAUCGGAAGCCGAUAACGAUGAUGAUAGCGAAGGUCUAACGGGUUCCGAUGACGACGAUGAGGAUGUCAGUGAAGACGAAUCUGAUGCUAGUGAAGAUGCGAUGCACGCCGAAGGGGAGGAAUCGUUCGGCUUGGCAAACUUGCUAGACGAUGAGACUGGUUCGGCGCCGGACGCAAACUCGGCGUCUGCUGCAGCCCCGGGCACAGUAUCCGGCAAGAGCCAAAGCGAAAAGGACGACAUGCUGAACGAUGCCGCCGCCAUCGCGGAAAGCAUCCAACCGAAGGGCAACACACUUUCGUCCACCAGCGUGGUAACGCCGAUACCCGUCCUGUUGAAGCAUUCGCUCCGCGAGUACCAGCAUAUCGGGCUGGAUUGGCUGGUGACGAUGCACGAUCGCAAGCUGAACGGCAUACUGGCGGACGAGAUGGGCUUGGGUAAGACGAUACAGACGAUUUCACUGCUCGCGCAUCUGGCCUGCGUGAAGGGCAACUGGGGUCCGCACCUCAUCAUCGUGCCCUCGUCGGUGAUGCUGAACUGGGAGAUGGAGUUUAAGAAGUGGUGCCCGGGGUUUAAAAUACUCACCUACUACGGUACGCCGAAGGAGCGCAAGCAGAAGCGUACCGGCUGGACGAAGGUGAACGCGUUCCACGUGUGCAUCACGUCGUACAAGCUGGUCAUCCAGGACCAUCAAAGCUUCCGGCGGAAAAAGUGGAAGUAUCUCAUCCUGGACGAGGCGCAGAACAUCAAAAACUUCAAAUCUCAACGCUGGCAACUGCUGCUAAACUUUCAAACGGAACAACGAUUACUACUCACCGGUACACCGCUGCAGAACAAUUUGAUGGAACUGUGGUCGCUGAUGCACUUCCUGAUGCCGCACGUAUUUCAAUCGCACCGCGAAUUCAAGGAGUGGUUCUCGAACCCGAUGGCCGGCAUGAUUGAAGGCAAUUCCGAUUACAAUGAAACGAUUAUCAAGCGCCUUCACAAGGUGCUGCGACCGUUUCUGCUGCGGAGGUUAAAAUCGGAGGUCGAGAAACAGAUGCCGCAAAAGUACGAACAUGUGAUAAUGUGCCGAUUAUCCAAGCGUCAGCGAUUUCUCUACGAUGACUUUAUGAGUCGCGCGAAGACGAGAGAAACGCUAGCGUCGGGCAAUCUGCUGAGCGUGAUCAAUGUGCUAAUGCAGCUAAGGAAAGUGUGCAACCAUCCGAACAUGUUCGAGGAACGUCCCACGAUAUCACCGUUCCGCAUGGAGGGUAUCAGCUUCAAGACGGCCUCCCUCGUAUACAACAUGUUUAACUACGAUCCGUUCACUCAAAUUGAUCUGUCUUCCUUAAAUUUAGUUUUAAUUCAACUGGAACUGUUGCUGCCCGCGUACGUUGCCCACCGGACGCAGCACCUUUGCAUGCCGAAACGGUUGAUCGAAGAGAUCGACUCCACGCCCAUGCCACCGCCACCCUGCCCGACCGGGAAGCUACGGCUGCACGUUCGCAUACCGGACGUGCGCGUGCAGGAAUCGGUCGGAAGCGGCGGCCGGCGUCGGGCCGGCAUUAGCGCCAGCACGGGAGUGCGCGUCGGUACCAGUCCAGCAAUGAAGACUGAAGGGACGAAAUUCGUUCCGCUUGUUGUAAAUCAUGAAGCAUCAUUAGAUAAGAAAUCAUCACUCAUCGGUGGUACGGGAGGAGGAAUCCAUUCGCGCGUAAUGGAAAUACGAAAACGAAUGUCGUCGUCGUCGACGGUGAUGAUGAUGAUGGGAGGAGCAGCAGCAGCACCGGGCUCAGCAGCGUCAUCAGCGACGGCGGCACUAGAUUCCACCGGCAGUAGUGGUGGAAUAAGCAACAGCAACAGAAGCAUGUCGCCCGGUUUAAUUCUACGAAAACGAAGUGAUAUUGGUGGUAGUGGUGUCGUGUCGGUGACGACGACUGGUGGCGGCGCUCAGCUACAACAGCAGAACCGGUUAAAUGCCGGUCAGGUGGUUCAGAUCAUUCCUCAAGUGGCGGCGCCGGGUGGAAUAGGCGCGAACACGUCACAAUCGUACAUCAUCACCGGACGACUGCAGCCGGCGAUUGGUGGCAGCAACCAAACGACCAUCUUUCACCGACCCGCUCCAUCAUCACUGUCGACGGGCAUUAGUGUGGUGCCGGCGCAGACGACGCUAACCCAGCGAAUAGCAACAUUGCAGCCCAAGGGACAAAUAAAUACGUUCACGCCAGCAGCAGCAGCAGCAGCGCCAGCAGCAAGUGUUAGCAGUAGUCGAAUGGUACAAAACGUUGGUCAGCAGACGCAGAUCUCAUCGACGCUGGCGGCAACGAUAAUGAAGCGGCUCAAGCACAAUUCCUCGCAGCGCGGGGAAAACGUCCCGGGUGGAUCCGGGUCCUCCGAAGCAGCAGAAAUGGACGAACGGCAACGUACCGAGUUCUAUCUGGCGUGCAUUGAAGAAACGCGCAAAGAGCGGCGAAAGGAGGUACUGGAGCUUCUCGGACGCAUCAAUUCCAAGCGUUGCGAUGCGGCACCAAUCUACGGCAAAGAUUUGCGCGACACGCUGUGUGCACUGAUCGAGGAAGAGUUUAGCACGCGAUCCGAUCAACUGCUACCGUUCGGUGUUGCCGGUUUGUACUACACUCGGCGGCGGGCAGCAUUGAACAAUAGUGCGGCCGGCUGGUGUCUUGCCGAAGCGAUCAAAACCAUCGACCAGCGGGCGGAUGAGCUGCGGGCGAUGAUCUCAAACUUUGUCCUCUUUGUACCUGCCGUGUGUGCCCCGACGCCGCACCUGCAAGUGUCGCAUCCGCAUCCCUCCAAGCUGAAUGCCGAGCAGCGGUGGGAAGCAACGAUGGCGCAGCAAAUACAGCCAGCUAUCCAGCUUUUGCACCCGAUUAUAUCGGCCAUGAGUACGCAGUUUCCAGACCCCCGUUUAAUACAGUACGAUUGUGGCAAGCUGCAAACGCUGGAUCGCUUGCUGAAGAAGCUGAAAUCGGAAGGCCACCGUGUGCUCAUCUUCACGCAGAUGACCCGUAUGCUGGACGUGCUGGAAGCGUUUUUAAACUAUCACGGACACAUCUAUUUGCGGCUGGACGGUACGACGAAGGUGGAACAGCGGCAGGUGCUGAUGGAGCGCUUCAACAACGAUCGGCGCAUGUUUGCCUUCAUCCUGUCCACGCGGUCCGGUGGCGUUGGCAUUAAUUUGACCGGCGCCGAUACUGUGAUAUUUUACGACUCGGACUGGAAUCCCACGAUGGACGCACAGGCCCAGGAUCGUUGCCAUCGGAUCGGGCAGACGCGCGACGUGCACAUCUACCGGUUGAUUAGCGAAAAGACGAUCGAGGAAAACAUUUUAAGGAAAGCGAAUCAGAAACGCUUGCUCGGCGAUCUGGCGAUCGAGGGUGGCAAUUUUACCACCGCCUACUUCAAGAGCUCCACCACCAUACAGGACCUGUUUACGGUGGACAAUGCGGAACCGGAUGCAGCGGCACGGCUGGCCGAAGUGUUGGACCGUGACCGUGAGCGGAAGGACCGGUUAAAUACCAGCUUGGCGGCAGCACCAGCAUCGUCAGCCGCAUUACCAUCAGCUGCUGCUGUAGGCGGUGGUGAGGUUGAUAGCGGUAAGUCGGCGAUAAAUGUGUUUGAAUCGGCACUGGCCGCGGCGGAGGACGAUCAGGACGUGCAGGCGGCCAAAUUUGCGAAAGCCGAAGCAUCCGCCGAUCUGGAUGAGUUCGACGAGAACAUACCGAUCGAUGAGGAUAAAAUGGCGCCCGUUGGUGAUGCGGAUGGCAAGGAGCAGCCAGAGUUGAGCAAAGCCGAGAAGGAAGUGCAGAAUCUAAUUAAACAGUUGAGUCCUGUCGAGCGGUACGCGAUGCGUUUCGUGGAGGACACCGAAGGUACCUGGACUGCGGUGCAGUUGAAAGCGGUCGAGCAGGAGAUGGAGCAGAAGAAACGCGACUGGGAAGCGAACCGGUUGGCGGAGCAGCGGCGCAACGAGGAAGCGGCACGGAAGCGCGAAGCAGAGGAGCGUGCCGAUCUGCUGACCUUCUCCCGGGAGGAUGCCAAAAAUCAGAUAUGGAUAUCGGAUAACACGAUGGAGAAGAUGCCGAUGUGGUGCCCGCCGACACCACCGCAGGACGACAACGAUCUGUACGUGGAUCACUCGCUUACAUUUCUGUACGACACGUCGGACAUAAUCCCGGAGGCGGAGCUGCCGGCCGUGUACGUGAAGAAGGAUUACAAGCGCAGCCGGUCGGAGGCCGGCUUCUAUCCGGACGGACGCCGGCCACCGAAGGUUCGGCGCGAGGACACCUACUACGCGCCCCGCUCGCUGUUCGAUCGGCCCACCCCGCAGAUGGCGAAGCUGCGCAAGGAGUACAAGCUGCAGCGGUACAAGGGCAUCAUCAAACCCUUCCCGCCGAUGCUGGCGAUAAAACCAACCACCCUGCCGAUGAAACCGCCCGUCGAACCGGAGGGUGGCAUCCCGGAGUGGACCGUGUACGAGGAUAUGGCGAUCCUGAACGUGGUGCAAAAUCUGCAAGGCUUACCGCUCAACCUAAUGCUCAUCUCGCCGGGCCACGUACCGAACUGGGAUCUGGUGGCGGACAUCGUGAAUCAAACGUCGCGCACCUACCGGUUGCCGAAACAGUGCCGCUACCGGUACGAGUCGGUCAUUAUGCCGCGCGAGGAAGGCAAGCUGCUGGAAAGUCCGAAGAAGCAGAAAAAGAGCAAAAACCCACAAAAGCAAUCGCCGACCGGUGGUUCCACCUCGCCACCGCUCACACCGUCCGGCUCGUCGCCCCCGAAACAGGUACGCACGAUGCGUACCACCGGCCAGCUGUACACGAACGAUGCGAACGGUUCGUUCGUUAGGUUGAUGCGCCAAAAGUUUGAUAACAUUCGGACGGCGUUUGCGAAAAAACCGGUGGCGGGGAAACCGUCCUCCCUCUCGAGCACCGUACCGGUAGCGCUAAAGAAUCCGAAACAUGCGCUCGUGCUGGUGAAGCACGGCAUUACCGGGUACGAUACGCCGCUGACACCGGUCGAGAUAGCGACGCGCCGUGCCGAGCGUUUCCUGAAGGAAAAGCACAAGCUCACCGCUGCCCAGGAGCAGCAGCAGCAGCAGCAGCAGCAACAGCAACAAGCUCAGCAACAAACUGCUCAGCAGCAACAGCAGCAGGUUCCACAAACAGCUGUCGUAGCUACUAUUCAACAGCAGCAGCAGCAGCAGCAGGUCGGUACUGCCUCCUUGGCAGGCGUGCAGCAACAGCAGAUCGCAACGAGCCAGCAGCAGCAGUCCGCUGUUGUCGUUCAAGCACAGCAGCAACCAUCGGCCGCAACUGUCCAGGCGGUGGCCGUUGCCAGUCCCGCUCAGCACAUACUUCAACAGCAGCUGCAGCUGCAGGCCCACGCCAUUUCCCAGCAGCAGCAGGUGGCUGUGCAAGGUCAGCAAAUAACGACGACGGCGGCGGGCUUGCAGCAGGCGACAAUCGUUGUGUGCGGUGUGACGACGAACGCUACCUCGACCGUGGCCACCAUCGUUCAGGCGGGUCGUGCUGCCCAAUCGGUCGUAAACAUCUGCGCCAGUCCGAGUCAGCAGCAGCAACAAACGCAACAGAUCGUUAAAGCGAUCGUUGCCAGCCCGGCGAGUCAGAAUUUGCUUUCCCAGCAGCUAGCACAGGUAGCCGCACAGCAGAGUGGCAACGGUGCCGCUGGUCAACCGGGGCAACCGCAACAGGUGUCGGUUGUGCUGACCACACCCGUCACUACCAUGUCCGGUGUGAACUCGGUCCAGCUGUCCACUCAGCCACAGAUCGUUUCGAUCCAUCAGCCGUCAGCCUCGCAGCAGUUGCUGCAGGCCGGUGGGGGGACCGCAACCAUCACGCAAGCAUCACAAUCUUCGCUCGUGAGUCAGGUGGCCGGUGGUGGUGGUGGUCAAUCGAUACCGCAGGUCGUUUCGGUGGCACAGCUCGGUACCGUCAUGACGACGGGUGCGGCCAGCAGUGCCUCGAUACAGCCCACGCAGGUAACCACCCUAACCACGUCCGCCCUACGAGCUCAGCGAAUCGUCGCACCGACCGGCACCCUGCAGGAGGUGGUACUGCAUCAGCGUUCCGGGUCGCAGAGCCCGACCGUGGUUAGCGUAAGCAGUUUGGGCGGUGGACUGACGCCUGCACAGCUACAAACUGCCCAGCUGCGGCUGUCGAUGGCCGGUGCACAGCAGGUGUCCGGCGUGGUGGCCAAAUCCAUCUCCGUCGGCACGGUAACGAGCGCCGGCAAGCCGGUAAACACGCCACAGAUACAAUUCUACCGCCAGCAGCCCAUCCGGCAGCAGCUGAAGGUGUUGCAUCCGGGAACGGCGGCACAGGUCGCUACUACCGGUGGCGCAACCGCGACCGUACUGCAAACUGCAGCCGGUCAGCCGACGAUCGUGAGUCCGGCCAUCAUACAGGGUAACAUCAUCCAGACCGGUACGGUCGGGCAGACGGUGCAGGUGCAGCAGGCUGGUGCCGGACAGCCGACCGGUGGCAACGCCUCUGCCGGGACGGCUACCGUGGUGCAAAAGGUAUCGGGCGUAACGACGGUUACGGGAGGGAAUGCCGUGACGCAGGUCGUUUCCGCUGCCGGCGGUACGAUCGUGUCCCAAACGCCAACGGCCGUUGCACCCGGCACCGGCGGCAGCACCAUCGCCACCGUGCAAAUGAUCCAGGGUCAGCCGCGUAUGCAGUACAUCAAGCAGCUCGCCGCGAAGCAUAUGAUCACCCGCCCGGUAACGGAGAAUGAAAUGCAGCUGAUGAUGAAGCGGCAAAUCAUAAGCCAACAGCAGCAGCAGCAGCAGCAGCAGCAGCAACAGCAGCAUAACAAACAGAUCAUCCCGCAGGCACAAAUCUUUGCCCAGGCGAACCUGCAGGUGCAGCAGGCGGGAACGUCCGGCGGGCAGCCGAUUGCAACGCUGGUGAAAACGUCCAGCGGCACGGUGGCUGCGACCGGGAUGACGCUAUCGCACGUAAAACCGGGCCAGCUGAAAACGAUCAGCAACCAGAGCCAGGUGCGCCAGCUACACAUCCAGCAACAGGUGCUGGCCCAGCAGCGCAAGGGCGGUGGCGCGGGCAAGAUGGCACAAAUCACGCACGUCGCCGGGAAGGUCGGGCAGCCGACGCAGCUGUUUCUGCAAGGUUCGAAAAACAUCGCAUCCGGCACGACGAUGACCAUGCAGAAGGUGCAGCACGUCAUACACCACACGCAGCAGGCCGGCGGACAGAUAGUGCUCGGCAAGUCGGGCGUGAGCCGCAUGAUACCCGUUUCCGUGUCACAGCAACCCAACCGACAGGCGAUACAGGUCGUAUCAGCCACAUCCGCUGCAGCUAUUGCGGCCGGCAACAUCCGGAUGCAUGUGCCGGGGCAGAAUAUCGGCACGAUAAAGGUGUCGGGCGGUACUACAUCCGCCCAGCAGCAGCAGGUCAUACUGAACGCCAUUCAAAGCCAGCAGUCGGCCCGUUCGAACGCCAGCCCGGUACGGCUGCAAACGACACCCGGUGGCUCAUUGGUGGCGGUAACGGUUCAGCAGCCACAGCAGAUGCAACAGCAGCAGCAAGUGGUCGGCACGACCGUUACAUCAUCGUCCAACGUAUCGCAGACGGUUGCCGCCGACACGAGCCAAUCCGCCGGAAGUAGUGGCGCCGGUAGUAACAGCAGUGGCAACGGACCAGUGCAAUCCCAGCCAACCACGGUCGCACAAGUUAGCGCCGUAGGGCAGCAGCAGCAGCAGCAAGUACUGACACUUCAACAGCAAACAACAGCGGGUGGGCAACAAUCGAGCCAGCAGCAACACAUAGCAGUAGUAGCAGCUGAUGGUGGCGCUACCGUAUCGGCGGUCGGUGCUUCUGCUUCCGGGACGGCCGGUGGUGCUGUCACAUCCUCCCAAGUAGUAUCGCCCGCUGCGGUGGUGGUGAGUUCGGCAGCUGGUGGCAGCACUGGUGCGCCGAAUGUCACCCAACCAGGCCAACAAUCACCACAGGUGAGUAUGAUCAAGAAGAAGCAAUCGCCGAACGUUGCGAAACAGUAAGGAGGACCUUUAAAGUACGAUCAUUUGCUAAAAAAAAAACAUUAAUCCUUGGUGUGGUGUCAGGGGAAGGACAAUGUGAGAUUCACGUGGGUUAAUUUUUAGUACGUAAAAUGAAUAAUAGGAAAACCGAAAUGGCGGCCGCGGGAAGGGGUUUAUGUAAAAGCAAAUAAAAUCGUUUCGAUUUUAAUCUAGGCGCAAAUAAACGGAUCAAGCUCAUUCGUGUCGUAUAAACUGUGUGUGUGUGUGUGCUGUGGACGCGAGACGGCAUUCUCGUUCCCGCUUCAGUUGCAUUUCGCUGCAAUCAUUAAUCAUUCCCACGAGGAGAUUGUUUCGUUUUCCCCCACAUGUGCUACUUACUCGUCCAUGAAUUGGCGCAGGAUUGGUUGUGUGUGCUUCAUCCAAUUGCAUCAUCCGCCAACGCUCGGAAAUGAGGGGAAAAGUGAGCUCGAGGCUCAUAGUAGAUAGCUGGACGAAUUCUUGAAUCCAAACUCUCCAGCUACAGGGUGCGCUCUUCUGUACAGAGAUGUGUGUAACUCUUUACAACCAAAUCCUAGUCCUUACCCGUGCGCGCUUCAAACGUUAAAUGAGUUCUCGUGAAGAAUAUUUCCUUGGACUGGAGAUCAAGAUUCAAACUACUAAAAAUCAGGACAAUUUUCGUUCUCGCCACUUUCAAUUACCAACUCGUUUUAACUUCAAUUGAGUCCCCCUCCAAAAAAAGCUUUAUUUCACACACAGACGCACACACAGUUUUUUAAACCAUUUAGAUAAGGACUGUAAAUAGAUAAAGUUUCAAGAGAGAAAAAAACAGCAGCAGCAAAAGUAAACAUGAAUCUUGUCGUAAUUAAGUAGAAAACAUUACAUACUCCUCCACCAAUUUGAACCACCAUCAGCAAGUGAGGCAAUACAAACAAACAUUGGCUUAUAUUGGCAUACUAACAACCGUUAGGAAGACGUUAGGAAGCUUUUCAGCGACUGCGCUGUCACAACGAAUAAAGAAGCUAAGGCAUAUUUUUGAUGCUCUUACAACGUUACAAAGCAAGCAAGACUCUUAAAAGGUGGAAAGCAGUGCUUCUUGAUAAUCCCCACCCGGGUUCGGAUGAUUGAUUCGUGUUCAUUUGUGUAUUACUUAUCUCACGUACGUUUUCUUUCUCUGUCUCUCUGUCUCUCUCUGUCUCUUCCGUUUUGCUCCAUAUCUGCUCACGUUAUAAUACAUUUGAUGUGUGUAUAGGUAUCGGAUUGAGUUUUUUAAAGUGUUUAAUGUAAAAAAAAAGCAACAACAGGCUAUGUUUAAGUAGGAUGUGUGUCGGUUUAGAAUUACUGCUCCUUUAUUUAUCGCGCCAUAGAAACACACACUCUAAUCGCAUCGCUACGUACUUGCAUGAAAGACACACACACACACACAAGGGAUAUAUAGGUUCAUAUCUAGGUGUAAUCUGUCGUAAAGUAUUAAUAGUAAAUAAAUCGGAUAACAAAAAAAUGGCGGC